CUUCCGUAAUGAUUACAGCUCGAGUCGCGUCUGGUUUCCUAGCAACCCUGGCAGGCUGACCAUCGAGAGAGAACGCGGAGGGAAGUUUUAGCUUUGUUGGCAACUAAAGAUUUUGGUGAGGAGAACCGAGAUUACCCAUCUCAAACUUAAAGGAAAAGAAGAUGAGUUUAGAGCAGCAACAAUCAUUUGAACAUUCUAUGCCCCCUCCUCAAAUUUAUGUGGAAAGAACAUUAGCUCUUAUAAAACCUGAUGCCCUGCAAAAAGCAGAAGAAAUUGAAAACAUAAUUCUCAGAUGCGGAUUUUAUAUAAUUCAAAAACGUAAAAUUCAUCUAAUCCCUGAACAAUGUAGUGACUUCUACUCAGACCAAUAUGGAAAAAUGUUUUUUCCUACCUUGACUGCUUACAUGAGUUCUGGACCAAUAAUUGCCUUAGUACUUGAAAGGCACAAUGCAAUUUGUUAUUGGAAAGAACUAAUGGGACCAUCAAACAGCUUGAAGGCUAAAGAAACCCAUCCUGACAGUUUAAGGGCUCUGUAUGGGACUGAUGACCUCAGAAAUGCUGUUCAUGGUAGCAACUGCUUUACAUCAGCAGAGAGAGAAAUUGGAUUUAUGUUUCCUGAAGUCAUUAUAGAGCCAGUGCCAACUGGGCAAGCUGCCAUUGAUUACUUGAACCUUUUUGUAAAUCCAACAUUGCUAGCUGGACUCACAGAACUUUGCAAGCAGAAACCAGCUGACCCAUAUACAUGGCUUGCUGACUGGCUUUUGAAGAAUAACCCAAACAGGCCCACUGUACAGAUCUUGACAUAGGAACGCAAGAAUAAUUUCUACGUCAGAAGUAGAACACUAAUUUUAAUACACUUAAUAUUUUCCUCAUUGAUAAUGUUUAUUUUCAGUUAUUUACUCACAUACACCAUAGUUCAAAACGGAAGACAAUUGUAAAUAACAUUGUUGAUUAAUAAAUGACUGAUCUAUAUUAAGGAUAUUAUAUUUUUAAAGCUACACUCUAACCACCAUCUUAAUUUAGUGUUUUUCUUACUUUGGUGCGUAGAUGUGGUCUUUUGUUUGGCAAUUUCAGGGAAAUGACAGAAUUUAUUAUGCCUUUAGUGACUGUCUAUUUGUG